AUGUCCGAACAAGCACCGAAGCCGAACACAAUGGCAGAUGUCCUUUCAAUGUUGCCAGACAAGCGCCCAGUUCAAAUUCAAAUUUUGAAUUUGAAAGCUCAUCUGACAAACACCGUUAAGACUCUCCAAAGUAGUCUUAUGGAAGAGAUGACCAAGCUCAAAGCCGAUGUCCUCAUGAACCAAGCUUCCAAUGAGAAAUGCCUGAAUGAUUUGACGGAAACCUUGCGCAUUUACGCGAGAGAGAACCGAGACCUUGCCAGACUCAUCUACCGUUUCUUCGAAGAGAUAGACGCCAUCUGGAAGGUACUCGGAAAGGACAGAACCUCCAACACCGUAAUUCGUGA